AUGGUUGGUGGACAGGUUGUGCUACUUGUCUGUGUUGAUGACAUAUUAGUCACAGCACCUUCAAAAACAUGUGUUCAGGAAGUGAAGCAGUAUUUGCACGACCUUUUUACCAUAAAGGAUCUAGGGGCUGCAAAGUAUUUCCUUGGAAUUGAGCUAACUAGGUCACCAGGAGGAAUGUUGGGCACUCAAAGCAAGUAUAUUUCAGACAUUGUUCAAGAUAUGGGACUUGUGCAAGCUAUAACUAAGAACACUCCUCUGCCAACAGGAAUUAAACUCACUUCAGAAUGUGGGAAUUUGUUAUCAGACCCUUCCAGGUAUCGCAGGUUGAUAGGAAGCCUCUUGUACUUAAGUUUUACUAGACCAGAUGUAUCCUAUGCCAUCCAGCAAUUAAGCCAAUUCCUGCAAAAACCAUGUCAGCUCCAUUGGUAUGCAGCUGUGCAUUUAGUGAAAUACUUGAGGGAUGUUCUUCUACAGAAGUGGCAGAUUGGGCAGGUUGUUUGGAGACUAGAAAGUCAUUAA